AAUCAUCAUAAACUAGAAUUCAAGCUUUUUUCUGCCAUCAACUCAUCUUACAGACAUCUCUUUGCUUUUGUAUUUUCCAUCUACGAAGAAAAAUGGUAGCCAAAUUGCCAGAAGAAGAGCAUCCCAAGCAGGCAUUCGGAUGGGCUGCAAGAGACGAAUCUGGUGUCCUCUCUCCCUUCACCUUCUCCAGGAGGGAAACAGGAGAGAAAGACGUUUGUUUCAAGGUCCUCUACUGUGGGAUGUGCCACUCAGAUCUUCACAUGGUCAAGAAUGAAUGGGGCACUUCUACCUACCCUCUUGUCCCUGGGCAUGAGAUUGUGGGAGUGGUGACAGAGGUCGGGAGCAAAGUGGAAAAAUUUAAGGCGGGAGAUAAAGUUGGUGUGGGCUGCAUGGUGGGAUCAUGCCAUUCCUGCCAUAACUGCACAAACAAUCUUGAGAAUUACUGCCCAGAGAUGAUACUCACCUAUGGUGCUAAGUACUAUGACGGAACCACCACUUACGGCGGCUACUCUAACAUCAUGGUGGCCGAUGAGCACUUCAUCGUUCGUAUUCCAGAUACCUUACCUCUUGAUGCUACUGCUCCUCUCCUUUGUGCUGGGAUCACAGUGUACAGCCCCUUGAAACAUUAUGGACUCAACAAGCCUGGCAUGCACGUAGGCGUAGUUGGCCUGGGCGGACUUGGCCAUAUGGCAGUGAAAUUUGCUAAGGCUAUGGGAGUGAAGGUUACUGUGAUUAGCACCUCACCUAGCAAGAAGCAGGAGGCUGUUGAGCAUCUUGGUGCUGAUUCAUUUUUGGUUAGCCGUGACCAAUAUCAAAUGAAGACUGCAAUGGGUACAAUGGAUGGAAUAAUUGAUACAGUGUCAGCAAUGCACCCACUUGUACCUUUGAUUGGGCUAUUGAAGACUAGUGGAAAGCUGGUUUUGGUUGGUGCUCCAGAGAAGCCACUUGAGCUACCAGCCUUUCCUUUGUUAAUGGGAAGGAAGAUGGUGGGAGGUAGUUGCAUUGGGGGAAUGAAAGAAACACAAGAAAUGAUUGAUUUUGCAGCCAAACACAACAUAGCAGCAGACAUAGAAGUUAUUCCAAUUGAGGAUGUGAACACUGCUAUGGAACGCAUUCUAAAAGCUGAUGUUAGAUAUCGGUUUGUCAUUGAUAUUGGCAACACAAUCAGCUCUGCCCUCUGAAUUUGAUAUAUAUUUAUAUUUUGAUUUCAAAUUUAUUGUUGAGUUUGAGGAUUCCGUACUGUUAUGCCCUCAUCAUAUGAUAUUAUGAGGAGCAAGUCAUGUUGAAUGAAAUGGAUUGAGUGAUUGACAUUUUCUUUUUCAA